AAAGCAUGGGGAUUAGAUUGGUUUACUACAGAAAAGUGAAAAACGACGACGUGUGUGUGGAGCGGGGUUGGUAAUUCCAGGCAAAGAACACAAGUAUCAGAUCAAAAAGGAAAUAGCAAACUCACAGAGCUCGCUCAAAACAAUCAUGAUUUCUCAGUUCUUCGUGCUUUCUCAGAGAGGCGAUAGCAUCGUCUUCCGUGACUAUCGGGGUGAUGUACCAAAAGGAAGUGCAGAGGUCUUCUUCAGGAAAGUAAAGUUUUGGAAAGAAGACGGUGGAGAGGAAGCACCUCCUGUAUUUAAUGUGGAUGGUGUGAACUACUUCCAUGUAAAGGUAGUUGGUCUACUUUUUGUCGCGACAUCUAGGACAAAUUUGUCGCCUUCUCUUGUAUUGGAGCUUCUUCAGAGGAUUGCACGUGUAAUCAAAGAUUACCUCGGUGUUCUAAAUGAAGAUUCGUUGCGUAAAAAUUUUGUGCUGGUGUAUGAGCUUCUGGAUGAAGUUAUUGAUUUUGGUUAUGUACAAACAACAUCGACAGAAAUCUUGAAGUCUUACAUAUUUAAUGAGCCAAUUAUGGUUGAUGCUGGCCGUCUGCCGCCCCUUGGUCCUGCUGCCAUGUUCAUGCAAGGAACCAAAAGAAUGCCAGGGACAGCAAUUACUAAAUCUGUUGUGGCAAAUGAACCCGGGGGAAGAAAGAGGGAGGAAAUUUUCGUGGAUAUAAUUGAAAAAAUAAGCAUUACUUUCAGCUCAAGUGGGUAUAUAUUGACUUCUGAAAUUGAUGGGACCAUCCAAAUGAAGAGCUACCUUACUGGUAAUCCAGAAAUUAGAUUAGCUCUAAACGAGGACCUGAGCAUUGGAAGGGCCGGUGGGAGAUCAGUUUAUGAUUAUGGAGGUUCGGCUGGUUCUGGAGCAGUAAUACUGGAUGAUUGCAAUUUCCAUGAAUCUGUGCACCUUGACAGUUUUGAUGUGGACAGGACCCUGACUCUGGUUCCACCUGAUGGUGAAUUCCCUGUCAUGAAUUACCGGAUAACCCAGGAAUUCAAGCCUCCCUUUCGCAUUAAUACUUUGAUUGAGGAAGCUGGAUCACUUAAGGCUGAAGUCAUCUUGAAGAUCCGUGCUGAAUUUCCUUCAGACAUCACUGCAAAUACAAUCUUGGUACAAAUGCCGCUGCCUACAUAUACAAGCAGAGUAAGCUUUGAGUUGGAACCUGGAGCAGUUGGUCAAACAACUGAUUUUAAGGAAUCCAAUAAGAGGCUUGAGUGGAGUUUGAAGAAGGUUCUUGGUGGGUCAGAUCAUACAUUACGUGCCAAGCUAACAUUUUCGCAAGAGUCACAUGGAAAUAUCACCAAGGAAGCUGGACCAGUGAGCAUGACCUUCACAAUCCCAAUGUAUAAUCCUUCAAGGCUUCAGGUAAAAUAUUUACAAAUCGCGAAGAAGUCAAAAGCAUAUAAUCCUUAUCGGUGGGUGAGAUAUGUGACUCAGGCCAAUUCCUAUGUUGCUCGUAUAUGAUGGCUAUCUAGGCCUUUUCUAGCAUUAUUCCCUUGGUUCUUCCUUCUCUCUUGCUUUUUCACAUCUUCCAAAACCUUUUUUUGUCCAUUCAGUUGAGGUGAUCUUGAGUUCUAUAUAGUCUUUGCUAACUCUGUUUUUGGGAUUUCAAAUGUUUGUACUAGAUUGUCUAGAUAAUGAUUCCAAAGGAAAACAAAAGACGUGUUCUCUCGUGAUUCUCUAUUUGAAACAUUGUGCAAUUAGUGGAAAAUUUUGCUGAUGUGACC